CAGUAGGCCCUCCACCACCAAACGACCGCCGCAAUUUCCGCCGUAGUCACAGCCGCUGUCACCGCUGCAAUCACAGCCGCCAUGCUCACCUUCGCGCGCGCAGUGGCUCGGCAGCGCAGCAGUAAAGGCGGGUGCCGUGAAUCAGUCGCCGCUGUGUCGCACAGCGUUGCGACUCUCUUGUCAGUUCCCGCACAGACCUCCUCCAAUCAGACUAGCACAAAUCACAUCCUCCAUGCCACGUCAUCUGCAUCCGGAGCCGCGUCUCCAGUCACAGUUACAUCUCCUGAAACAGCGGCGUUCGGUACAGAUCCGACGGUUUUGAUCAGGCCAGAAGGAUCAUUCACGGUGCAGCGGCUUACCAGCGGUCACGCAGCGGCAGUUGCGGCGCGAUCGGCGGUGGCGGAAGGCGGGCUGCGGUGGCAGCAGCUGGCGGCGGGCCCGCUGAGCCGCGGCGGACUGGCGCAAAGCGUGCGCUACGCGCGGGUGACGGGAUCAGAGGUGAAAGUGGGCAGCGUCAUUGAGCGAAAAGGCAGAUACUUACAGGUGGUGAAGACCCAGCACACACAGCAAGGCCGCGGAGGUGCCACCAUCCAGGUGGAGCUGCGGGACGUGCAAACGGGCCUCAAGAGCAACGAGAAGCUGCGCACCUCCGAACACAUCGACUUGGUGUUCUCGGACGACAAGCCGUUUGUCUUCCUGUACGUGGAGGGCGAGGACGCCUUUCUUAUGGAGAAGCAGACGUUUGAGCAGAUCUCACUGCCCCUCGCCAUGUUUGGAGACGCUGCUCCAUUGCUCCAAGAUGGCAUGGAGGUGGUGGUGCAUCUCUUCAACGGCAAGCCCCUCUCUGCAUCGCUGCCGGCCCGAGUGUCUGACUUUGUGGAUGAGGCCGAGCCCUACUUCAAGGGCCAGACGGCCGCUCCCUCAUACAAGAAGGUCAAGUUGAGAUCCGGGCUCACAGUUCAGGUGCCGUCCUUUGUGGUGGCAGGAGACGAGAUCAUAGUGCAGACGUCAGACCUCACUUAUGUCACCAGCGCGUCGAACAUAAUGCAGGCACUCAGCGCUGCGGGUUGCCCCGCCACACAACAGAUUCGUUUAAAGCCGUCUUUGCUGACUGCCAAGUUUCAGUCUACCGUGAAGCAGUCGCCAGUCGUGCGGCUAGCCGUCAAGCGGCGGCUGGUGGCCGUCCGUGCGCAAGCCGCUGGCGGUGAAUCGGAUGGCGGGAAGAAGCAGGUCGAGGUGUCGUACAGCCCGCAGCGGCGCAUGGAGGAGUACGCGCAGGCGGCGGACCCCACGCGGGAGAAGCGCGGUCCCGGCGCGCUCACGCUCUUCUCGCCCUCCAAGGUGAAUGUGUUUCUGCGCAUCACUCGCAAGCGCCCCGACGGCUACCACGAGCUCGCCUCGCUCUUCCAUGCCAUCAGUCUGGGCGAUACGCUCAAGUUCUCCUUCUCGCCGUCCAACAGCCGGGACGCCCUCACCACCAAUGCGCCGGGCGUGCCACUCGACUCCUCCAACCUCGUCAUCAAGGCGCUUGACCUCUUCCGCCGCAAAACAGGCAUCCAAAAGUACUUCUGGGUGCAUCUGGACAAGAAGGUGCCGACCGGAGCCGGGCUGGGCGGCGGCAGUGGCAACGCGGCGACUGCGCUCUGGGCAGCGAACAGGAUGUGCGGCGACGUGGCAAGUGAGGCGGAGCUUCUGGAGUGGUCGGCAGACAUCGGGUCCGACAUUUCCUUCUUCUUCUCGCAGGGCGCUGCCUACUGCACUGGCCGGGGGGAGAUAGUGGAGGACGUGACUCCCAUCCUGCCCCUCGACCUGCCGCUCGUGCUCAUGAAGCCACCUGAAGCCUGCUCCACUGCUGACGUGUACAGGAAGUUCCGCCUGGACCUGGCGAGCAAGGAGGACCCUGAGGCGCUGCUGGAGAGGGUGAGGAGGGAUGGCAUCACCCAGGCCACAUGCGUCAACGACCUCGAGCCGCCUGCGUUUGAGGUGCUGCCGUCGCUCAAGUCGUUCAAGACGCGCGUGGCAGCUGCUGGUCGCAACCGCUACUCAGCUGUCUUCAUGUCCGGCAGUGGCAGCACCAUAGUGGGAGUGGGGCAUCCGGACCCGCCUGAGUUCAUCUAUGACGACGAUGCCUACGCCAGCGUUUUUGUUGCAGAGGCGCGCUUCAUUCUGCGGCAACCCGGGGAGUGGUACCACCCAUACCCGGCUGGGGAGGGCGGAGCAGGGGCCAGCACAGAGCGGCCAGACACGGCAACAGCGAUGGGGGGCGCAUACGAGCCGGGUAAGGCUGCAACUGGUGAGGCCCGCAUAGACGAGCUGCGGCUGCCCUUCUCCUAUGAGGCAUGAUUCAUGAUACAUGACGAGUCUGGCUUCCAGCAUGAAGCUGGCGUGAAACAUGAUGGACAUGGUUGUCAGCUGCCUGUCUCAUUAGGCCCACAAUACCGGCGCAUGCGACACUUAGCCUAAAGAGGAGUAAAGCUGUGAGAGAAGGGAGGUUGAGUGGUGAACUACUAGAGUGUUGCUUUGACAGAAUCUUAUGUUCUGCAGUUCGAUGCAUGUAAAAUGCAGCAAAACUUUCAGACCCCAACCAU